CCGAGAGCGUGAUGACAUUUACACAGGUUGUCGGGCGUAGCUUUAGCUAUCCUACCCAACGUCUUUCAUAUGGCAUGGACACUCCCGUUACCAAAUUACCACCUGACCUCUUUCAACGAGUCUGUGCGCUGCUCAACAACAGACACAGGAACUGGAAAACUUCGGCAGGCGCGUUGGGCAAAGAUGUGGAGACCGUGGCCGUGUUGGACAGCGAUCGGGUCGCCAACCCGACCGAGCAACUGCUGCGAGAGUGGGCGAUGCUGGACGACAAGGUGACGGUCAGGGACUUCUUGGAGGUGCUCGCUGAACCCGUCUCUCCGGUUGACGGAUAUCAUUCAGACAGUGCUCGGCAGGGAAGAUACACACAGACGUUCUCGCUGUUCCUCGUUUACUUACUGACAUAAAUCGAUAAUUUAUGUAACAGAGAUCAUUCUCGAUGGUGAUUCGUUAUCUAAUUCAGGCACCACGUAAAAACACAUGUAUAGAGCCCGUCUGUAGCACUGAUCUCAAUUUGACGCCAGUAAUGAGAAAUCAGUGAUUCCUAGGUAGCCCUAGGAAACGAAGUAUUACAAACCAUUCAAGAUGACUGCCGUGAAUGAUUUUGGCGUCCAAAUCUUGCGUUUAUAGUCUUGCAGGUCAGUAAAUAGGUCGUGAUUGGCUAUCGGUAUUUAAACCUUUCGUGGCGCCUGAACUGGAUGGUUUGUGAAAAAGAAGGAAGAAAGCUACCUGGAAGGCACCAAUAGGACAACCAAUUUUUAUUUUUGAGUUACUAAUUUUUUGGGCAAUACUAAUCCUUCCAAACAGCUUUUUUUUUUUAAAAAACGGCGUAAAAACUGAGGCAUAAUCCACCAAUUUGGUUCCAAUAAUCGAGACACUGAUAUCGCAACUCUCUACAUAGUUCGUUUUCCAAUACUCGACUUGUGCUCCGUCUUAGGCUUCAGCUGUUUUUUCACUUCCUGACUUUGAGGUUGUAAGCGCAAUCGUAAGUCUGAUAGUUCCACAAAAGAUCAAGUAAGAUGCAAAAGAGCCAAACAUUACAAUAUUUCAAUUUAACUUAGACGCUUCCGGCCCACAAUCAGAGAUUGGUUUCCUAUACGAAGCCUGAGACGGAGACCAAGUUGAGUAUUGGAAAACGGCCAUAAACAUUCCUAAGUACGUCGUAAUAAGCUCCCUCAGUUGUCAGAAUAAAUGGCUGGUCUGGCGGUCCGCUCGUCCGAUACGAUUGUGAUAUAAACCGAUAGGCCUACCUACUGCUUGCUUUUGCCAUUAGCAGGUCUCUAUAAGGAGUUAUCACUGAGCAACUGACAUCCGUUUCGGUCCCAACCAUUCAUCAUACGCGACAGCUGGCCAACCAGAAAGGAAGUCAAGAAAUUAAUUGCAUGCUCCUUCGCUGCGCUCAUCCACAUGAAAAGUUGUUAAGGCUGAACGGAUCCCACAGAAGACAAUGAUGAAAUUCAAGGGGUUAUUACAAGGCGCGUGGGAAGGGGGGGGGGUUCACAGCGGAGCUGAAUGCUUCAACCAUUACGUUUGAGAGUAAAGGCGCAAAAAUUUAAAUACAAACUGGUUCAACCAAUGAGUAAACUAUUCUGGAGCUUUCAAUGUAAGAGCAUUGUAAAACAAAAACAUGAAAAUUGAGUGAUCAGAAAAUUCUGAAUCAUGUGGCCGUAAGAACCUGCGGGGCAUUAUGCCCAACUGAAUUGAAAACAUGAAACCAAUACAUCAAUGACGAUUGAUUAUUUUGUGCGCGGUAAUCUUCCAACCAAAUAAAACUAGCUCAUCCUUUCGAUUAACACAUUUAUUUUGUCGAAACGUUGAAUAAAACAAGUUAAUUCUCACCUGAACAGUUGCUUGUGGUUGUUUGUGAACGUCCAUACCCCCCCCAAAAGGGAAAAGUGGAACCGUAUACCUUAGCAAUGAGUAAUUGUUGCCCAAGGUUAGUAAAUGCUGGCCGUCAGUACAAAAUGAAAAAAAGAUUUCUAUAAGUUUUGAAAAUCUCAGGGGCAUUAUUAACACCAGUGUCUUGCCUGAAUUAUUCAAUCAUGACAAUUGAAACAAAAACGCAGCGGCAUUGUUGACAAAUUAAAUGGAAAAAAAUCUUCCAUCGUUGCCCUUUAAGCCAUACAGGGUGUCUUACCGGAAUCCUUCAACUGUAAAAACGAAAUAAAACUUGGAUGCAUUGUUAACACAAGUAUACAACUGAAAUUUCUUCCAUUGUGACCCUCUAAUCCCUCUUGGGUGUCUUUUCCAGAAUCCUUUAAUCACAGCAAAUCAAACAAAUCUCGGGCGCUUAAUUGACACCAGUGUUCCUCGGAAUCUGUCAUUGAUGAAAAGUGAAACAAAGCUCGAGUGCCUUAAUAACACAGGAGUCUUCCCGGAGUCAUUCUAUCUUGAAAAAUUAAUAAAAGUCAGGUACAUUAUUAACUCAGUGAACUCAAAGAUUCCCGCCGUGGUCUUUCAGGCCCUUCGGGGCCCGGGGGCUCUUCCGGGAAUCACUCAGUCAUGCAACAUAGAUCAAACUAGUUGUGUAAUAUAAAUGAACCCAACUAAUAUAGAAACUCCAGACUGCUUUGCAGUGUGGCUAAAAACAGGUUCAACACAACUAACAAUUUGAAGAGUAAUGUAACAUGCAGAGGUGGUAGCAAGUGGAAGUCAAGUCACAAGUCAUUUUGA